GCGACAGCAACAACCGCAGAGACACAAAAGAAAAUUGCCUCGCGGCGAGACGGAAAAUUGUUUUAAUGCUCGUCGCUCAGUGAGUUUUCCGACGUUGUGCAUUACGCAAACAAGCGGACAAAGUAGCGUUGGCAAAGGAUUUUCGUGGGAAUAAGGAGCAAAACAAUGACUUCGCCAACGAGCUGCGCUUUGUGCCAGGCGCGUGCCACACAAGUGUGUGCGGCAUGCCGCAACGUUGUCUACUGCAGUCGCGAGCAUCAGAAGGAGCAUUGGAAGCAGCACAAGUCGCAGUGCAAGUGCUACGAGAUGGACACCAACCAGCUGCUGGGCAGACAUCUGCGUGCCACACGCGACAUUCGCAUGGGCGAGCAAAUCAUGCGAGAGGCGCCGCUGGUCCUUGGCCCAAAGGUGGCCUCGCCACCCAUUUGCCUGGGCUGCCAUAGGAAUCUGCUGCCGCCUGCAAAGCGUUCGGAUAACUUUUACAAAUGCAGUUCGUGCAGUUGGCCGCUGUGUGGCAAGGAGUGCGAGCAAUCUCCCUACCAUCGGGAUGAAUGUCGUCUGAUGGCCGCUAGUAAUUUUCAGUCCAAGAUCAACUAUAAUCCAGUUGAGCCAGAGCUAAAGGAGUCCGCCUACUGUGUCAUCAUGCUGCUGCGUUGUAUGCAACUAAAGCAAUCGAAUCCGACGGCAUUUGCCAAACUCAGCGCUCUCGAGGAUCAUCUGAAAGAGCGACUAGAUACGCCGCUAUAUCAAGUGCUGCGCGCCAAUCUGAUCACCUUCAUCAAGACGGUGCUGGGACAGCGCGAUUGGCCAGAGAUGGAAAUACUGCGUCUGGCAGCAAUUCUCGACACUAAUGCCUUUGAGGUGCGACAAAACGCCGAGCGUCGCAAGGUGAGAGCCAUCUUUCCGGGAGGUGCAAUGAUUGCACACGACUGUGUGCCGAAUUUGCGGCAUCGCUUCGACGAUGACAUGAACAUUGUGUUCCUCGCCAAGCGCAAGAUUGCCAAGGGUGAAAUACUCAGCAUCUCCUACACACAACCACUGAGAAGCACCAUCCAAAGGCGAUUGCAUCUCAAGCAGGUCAAAUGCUUCGAUUGCGCCUGUGCCAGGUGCUCAGAUCCCACAGAGCUGGAGAUCUAUGCCGGCUCACGCAUGUGUGAAAAAUGUAAGGUUGGCAAGUUCGUUUCAGUGAAUCCUCUGCAAAAUGCCGCCAAUUGGAAGUGCCAAGUGUGCAACAUUGUCAAAGGUGCCAGAGAGGUGCUCACACAAGAUGCCAAGCUGCAGCAGGAGAUUGAGUCGUUGGACAAGUCAACACCUGCCGCUCUAGAGGAUUUCCUCUAUCGCCAUCGCAUUGAACUGCAUGAGACAAAUACGCACAUUUUGCAAGCGAAAUACGCACUGACCCAACUCUAUGGCUCUGCGCCAGGAUUCUCUAUGGAAGAGCUCAGUGAAAAGUCGCUGCAACGCAAGAUUGAUCUCUGCGAGGAAUUGUUGCAGCUUUCAAAUCUUAUUGACAGUGGUUGGAGCAUAUUUCGUGGCAAUUUGUUAAUCGAUUUGGAGGAAGCAAUUGUGACGAAGGCCUUACGGCUGGAUGAUGCCACAGAGAGUGAGGCAAAGCUCAAACAGGCAGUUGAAUUGCUUCAGGAAAUUGCCAACAUUAUGAAGCAUGAGCCAGAGAUGCAACAGUUGUUAGCAGAGCGAAAAGUUAUUUUGGAUGCAGCGCUGAAACGAUUUACAACAGCUGUUGAAUAACUAAUGCACAUUAAUUACACUUAUUUUAAAGUUAUUUCUUGUAAGAAAUAUAACCGAUUUGCGCCAACCUAUUUGAAUUGAAUCUUUAAAGUAGUUGGCAACGCUGAAACUGUAUACUUAACAUAGCUAUUUGAUAUGCAAUCGACCAACCGCCACAAAUAUUGUCCGUUAAACAUGUUAAGCAAGAAAUUGAAGAAAUUAUAUAAAGA